CAGCGCUGAUCAUUGUGCCUCACACUUUCAAACUCGUCAUUUCACAACACUGAGGCGAGGAAACGAGCCAGCGCUAUCAACACUGCUGCCCCGAGGGCUCUUCCUACUCAAGUCCUGAGAGCAACAGAGGAACCUGGGAAUACCACUGCAAAAUGAAGAACACUAUCGAUUCGAAAACAUUUGCGAGCUUCUCGUUUUUAUCGUUUGUGCCUCGAUAAACUGGUUGACGGAUAACAUCAGACAUCGCAGCGCUGAGAUAAAGACGGAUCUUGCCUUUAAAAUUAUCGGAACAGGAGACAUCAUGCAAGGACGACAGCAGAGCUUCACCGCGAGUUUUACAUCGUUGUAUAGCCUUAAAUAAAAAAGUCGUAGGCUAUUACUGAUCAAAAGCACGACUGCACGCGCUUCAGUCGCAGACCCAUCCCGGUUCCGCAAAGAAACUCAACCCAAAAGUGUGGAAGAGCUCCAUGCAUUCAAAAAGGGAGAGGAGAGGAGCGCUGUCCCGUGCUGGAUGGAUGGUUAUGGGGAAAGGAGCAGGACCAUCGGCGCUACAAGUCUGCCAAUCGCUUGUUGUGUUUCUCUGUUUGUUUCCAGCAGGAACUCUGCAGUGUAAGAUCCUCAAGUGUAACUCCGAGUUCUGGGCCUCCACUUCCAGAUCCGGCCCAGAAGAGGAUCCCUGCACGGCUCUGCGAGCGUACAACAACUGCGUCCGUCGCACCGCCCGUAACUGUCGAGGUGACCUGGCCUACCAUUCAGCCCAACAUGGUAUAGAGGAUCUUAUGAGCCAACACAACUGCUCCAAAGAAGGGCCCACAUCCCAGCCUCGUGCCCGCACACCCCUGCCCCCAGUCCAGCCGCCGCCCCAACCGGACAUCCACGUUGCCUCUGAUGGGCCAGAGGUGUGCCAUUAUGAGCGGAGUCUACCACGUGAUGCCACGCCUCCCAAUUACACUCAUUGCGGCUUUUUUGGGGACCCUCAUCUCCGCACAUUUAACGAUGACUUUCAAACCUGUAAAGUUGAGGGAGCCUGGCCACUGAUUCACAAUAAGUACCUAUCUGUGCAGGUUACGAACACUCCAGUUGUGCCUGGAUCUUCUGCUACGGCUACUAGCAAGUUAACAAUCAUCUUCAAGAACUUCCAAGAAUGUGUAGACCAGAAGACGUACCAUGCUGAAACUGACGAGCUUCCCGCUGCAUUUGCUGAUGGUUCAAAGAAUGGAGGGGACCGCCACGGGGCCAACACCCUGCGUGUGGUAGAGAAGGUGCCCGGACAACAUGUGGAGAUCCAGGCACGCUAUAUUGGCACCACUAUUGUAGUUCGGCAAGUUGGCCGCUACCUCACCUUUGCGGUGCGGAUGCCAGAGGAGGUUGUGAAUUCGGUGGAGGACCAGGAUAACCAGGAUCUUUACCUCUGCCUGCAUGGUUGCCCUGGCAACCAGCGAAUAGACUUCAGGACCUUCAGAGCACGGGCAGCAGAGAGCCACGGCUUAGGCAGGGGACGGCCUGGCAGUCCUAACCCUGGCUUCACUUAUCAGUCAGCCAUGGCCAAGUGCAAAGAACGUCUACCAGUGGAGGAUUUGUACUUCCAAUCCUGUGUUUUUGACCUUCUAUCUUCCGGGGACAUUAACUUCACCCUGGCGGCCUACUAUGCCUUUGAGGAUGUUAAAAUGCUCCACUCCAACAAAGACAAAUACCACCUCUAUGAAAAGGAUACAAUAUUCAACUCUGCCUCCGAAAAAUUCCGUUUUAGUUUCCUAGUCCUCAUCAGCCUUGUUGUCGUACAGUUAUGGACUGGCUCGUGUUCCAUUUGUCUCUAGUGCCCAUUCUCGUUAGAUGGUUGUCAGAAGCUGUAUGCAUGUGAAAUGCUACUCUCACUGUGUUGUCUUCCAUCUACCAGAGGCUGGGCUUCUCAGCUAGAGCCCGAGCUUCUGCUGAGGGCUUUCACACUUGUGUGUCUUGUAUCACGCCAUGGACUCAUCUCUUAUCAUCACGUAUGUUCAUUCAUAAGGCCAGAGCCGAAGCGUUCCUGGAGAUCCAGCCAUCUCUGCUGAUCUCAUAACUGCUCAAUGACAGAGAAGGCAGUGCUGAGAGGGCCAGACGAAACCAUCCUUGCUCUCGCCAGAGUGACGUGCCACUGACAGGAGUGAGAGACGGAUGAUCCUUGGCAGAAAGAAGAGUUUGGAGAUGGUCUUCAGUUCACUUGAUGCCAAGUGAGAGGUGAAGUAUGUCUCCCGGAGCCAGGUUGAAGGACAUGACAGGAGCUUUUAUUAACGUCUCCAAACAAUGGAGGGCCGGCAGGAGUUCUUUCUUUGAAGAAGCUCCAGAUUUGGAAAAAGUAGCUUCCUAGUGAAAGCCCCCUGGCCUAGGCCGUGUCAGACUAGUAAGUCGUGUUGUCUACGGAGAAGAUUAAUAGGCCAUAACAUCAUGCCUUUUGUAUAGUUUGUCUAUGUGUGUGCAAGAGAAAAAUGUGUAUGAAUGCUUGUGUGUGAGUGUGUGAAGUGUUUCAUAAUAGCUGUAUAUUGCACCCAAGGUCCUAAUGUAGCUCUGGUGUGGUGGUUCAUGGGUCAGUAAGAAGUUUUACUGCCUGCCAAGAGCUCUUUCCUUACAUUUUAAAUAUAAAAUGGGGUGUCAAGCAGACUUUAAACUACACUCGUACUGCUUAGGUGUUAUAAUUUUUGAAAGAAAGAAAAAUAUUUAUUGAAUUCACUCCAUUGUCAAAUUGGGUGUUCGAAUUCAGCCUGAACACUUUUCAGGCGCAUUGAGAAUAACUUUACUUUAUUCACAAAGUAAAUGCCAUCGAAUCGGGGGGGGGGAAAAAUCAAGCCAUACAAUGGUGUGGCCCAAGACAUAGCACAAAAAUGUUUAUGGAAAAAAUAUUCAUGUCAUUUUGCAGUAGGUAACGAUCAACAUAUAUAUCCAGGAGAGAGCCAAGUCUCUCCAUACAAUAUUUGCAGUUUGAGACGGGACCCACAAGGCAGAUCCAUCAAUCAUCCUUUCUAUUUCUUAAAGAGCAACGCCUUGCUCUCCAUUUCAAAAGGGUGUCGACGUGGCUGUGCUGUAGGCCCCGUUUAACUCGCGACUCUGUAGAUCUGUGAAUUUAUGGCGAAGGCGUUUUGCCAAAGAACAAGCCAUGGUGCCAACAAUUUCCCAAACAGCUGAAUUUUGUCUUUCUCAUGGGGCCUUUGUGGUUCACUUAAGUAUUUAGGCUCAGACCAGAUGUCCUGAUUGUGUCUAAUAUUGGAAGGUGCUGCUAACUACAGUGUGGUGGAUGGACCAGUGCAGGAGCUGUUGUUUUCAUCUGCAUUCAUGCAUUUCUUGUGACAUUUGAAAUGAGGGCAUUCGCUCUCCAGCUAUUAGGAGGCUCAGGAUUACUGGCAACUCAGUAUUGUAAAUAGCUGUAGUAGUUUUGGCGAGCUAAAGUCACACGAUGCAUAGCACCACUAUUUUGAAGAGUGAAACUGCACCCUUGAUGGUGUAAUUAUUUCAUAGGCCAUGUUUAGGGACUGUUGGAAAGGUCUUUGUGGAAGGUGAAGUUCACUUAACAUCAUCAUGUCAUCUGUCACAGUUGUCUCUUGCCAGUGUUUGAUUUCUCUUAGUAAAAAGUUUGACCUUUGAAAGUAUGGUUUAGAUGUUAAUUAUAAACAAGGAAUGCUUUGAGAGACUUCACGGUAAUUUAUUCUUACACUGUAAAGUUUUGCGAGCCUUACUACUGCUAAGAAAGCUUGUGUUGGUGCAGUUCAUGGCUUUAAAGAGACAUUUGAAAGCAUACAAAAUGAUUGUAACGACUUUUGUGUUUAAGUGUGCUUGUGUUGUUAGUGCUUUUUGGAUUUAUAUGUGUAACGUGACGUAUACGUUUGUGUGAUUUGGCAAAUAAUAUUUUGUGCUGGUUUUUUUGGUACAUCAGAGGGUGUAGUGAAAUUUACCUUUAAGUUUAAAGGGAUAUUGUGUACACACAAACAUCACAAAAACAGGAUAAGGGACUUAGUACAAUCUAAUUUGGAAAAAAAGAGCAAAAAGGAGACAACCUUCCUAAAGAAACUAAAUACUAGGUAGGAAACGUGUGACUUGCGGUGUUCAUGUGUUGUUUAUUACAAAAGCACUUUAUGUUUUUAUUCUCUUUAACCUAGCUCUUACAUGGUUUUAACUUGAUGGUGAAAAAGGUUAUCAAACUUGUAACGCUAAAGAAAAGUGGAUAACUUUUUCAAAUGUAUUAACAUUGAAUGGGAGAUACCAGACAGCUUAGUCUGUUUUUCUAUGUAGGACUAAAGCGGUGCCACACACCACCUGUAAAUACUGUAAAUUAUUUAUUGAAUAAAAAAUAAAGUGUCAUGUUGAUUUGUUUUA